GCAGAAUCAUGCGUACAGUGUCAAAAUGAACUGCCUCAGGCAACAACGCAAACCAACUCCCAAAAAAAAAAAAAUAAUUGGAGAGGGUAAAUAUAUCCACGCCGUUAACGCAAAGGGAAGAGGAAAUAGAGGUAAAAAAGGACGGGAAAGAGGGCCUCCAGGCCAGGCUGCUUCGAAUUUCGUCCGACAUUGAUCGAACGUCAAGGUCGUGAUCCCCCUGAGGCCGUCCCUCAUGUGCGAGCAUGUGGAAUGUCCGGUCCAUCUCCCAGCGGCGCGGUGGUUGACCACCUCACCGUCAUCAUCACGACGUCGCCGGUGCCGUCCGCGCCGUCGACGGAGCUUCUGACCGACGUGCUGGACUCCUUUGCGCGGCACUGCCCGCUCCUGCUGCGGUGCCGGGUGAUCGUCGUGUUCGACUCGUACGAGCGGGUGUGUGCGCGCGCGCGGCUGAAGAAGGGCGCCGUGACGGCGGAGCAGGCGGCCGCCUUCGCCGCGUACGUCGCCAGCGUCAAGGCCCUCGUGCUGCGCCGGUUCGGUCGGUGCGACGGCGCCGGGGCGUCGCCGCUCGAGCGCUCCGCCGGCGAGGCUGAGUUCGGCUCGCCCUUCGACCCGGCCAACGCCGUGCCGCUGGUGCAGCUUCGGACCGCCGACGGCCGCGUCACGUUCGUCGAGCCGGCGCGCUGUCUCGGCUUCAGCCUGGCGGUGCGGUCGGCCUUGAGGCUCGCGGCGACGCGGUACGUGUGGGUGCACCAGCACGACUGGCGCCUCACGACGACGAUCCCCGUCGCUUCGAUGCUGAGCAUCAUGCGGGAGCGGGACGCGGACGACGUCGCCCCGGUCAGAUACAUAUGUCUUCCGUCCGUACGCCUGCUCAACUACGCGGCUCAGUCGGACAACACGCGGUUCGCCGCCUUCCGCCAGCUUACCCAGCGGCUAAAGCAGGUGUUCCAUGCCGGCCCUCACUCGGAUGGUCUCGAGGGCGCUGAGCCGGUCUCGCUCACGCCCCUCUUCUUCUGGUUCGACAAGCCCCACAUAGCCUCCACGGCGCACUACUUGCGCUGCGUCUUCCCCUCCAGGUAUGCCACCAGACGGUCUACCUUCAUCGAGGACACGAUCGGCCACAGGAUGCGGGAACUGAUCAAGAACGAUCCGGAGGCGUGGGCCAAAUUCGCGACUUGGUUGUACUAUCCUGGCGAGGGAGAGACGCUGUGCCUGAAGCAUCUCGACGGCAGGGUGUGGAGGGGGUCUGAUGGGGAGAAGAAGGCCGCUGAAAAGUGGAGGUCUGCGAACGGAGCCCACCAUUCCGGCAGCAAGUCUUCGUCCGCAGUAGAGGAAAAAGGAAAAGGAGACCGAUUUACAUGACGGGCAUGAGUCCUGCAGUGACUCGCCGACACCAGCAGCUCGCUUGGAUCUCGCAACGAUGUCAUAGUGCUUCGUUUUGGUCGCUACCGUUCUGAUGCUACAAUAGAGCCAGUAUCGUUACAAGAGCCAAAAAAAAAAGAGGCAAAAGUAAGAAAAGAGAAAAACGAUGAGGAUAGAGAAAAGGAAACUUGUGCAGCGCCUGAAGAAAUGCC